CGGGCCGGGGGCUGCCGCCGCCCCCGGAGCGCUCUGCGCGCCCCCCCGGAGGCCGCCGCCCCGUCCCCAGGCGGCAAGCCAGCAAAGGCUGCAGGCUCCCUCCCUCCUCCUCCUCGCGGCCUGCCUGCCCCGCACGGUGUUGCAACCGCCCCGCGCGGCAGACCUCGGUCGGCGGAGGGGAGGAGCGCGGGCGCUGGACCCGGGAGGCAAGCUGGAGCGCAAAGCGGGCUGCUGCCGCAGCUGCCUGCCUGGUUUCCCGAGCUGUCUUGAAGCUAGGCUGCUCCCGGAGUAAAGCUCUUCCUCCGUGCCGCCCACGAUGGGCUCCAGGCUGUCCGUGGAUGACUCCGUGCGUGUCGUGGUUGUUGGAGGUGGCUUUGGCGGCAUCGCAGCUGCCAGCCAGCUGAAGUCCUGGGCAGUCCCCUUUGUGCUGGUGGAUAUGAGAGAUGCUUUCCAUCACAACGUCGGUGCCCUCCGGGCCUCAGUGGAGAGCGGAUUUGCCAAGAAAACUUUCAUCUCCUAUUCUGUCACCUUUGGGGACUGCUUUCGACAAGGCAAAGUUGUUGGAAUAGACCCUGGGAAGCAGCAAGUCUUGCUCAGUGACGGUGAGGAACUUCACUACUCUCAUCUCAUUCUUGCAACAGGCAGUGAUGGGCCAUUCCCUGGAAAAUUCAACAAAGUCAUUGACAUGGAAAGUGCCAUCCAGACUUAUGAGGACAUGGUUAAGGAGAUUGAAAAAUCUCAGCGCAUCCUGGUUGUGGGAGGUGGUUCUGCUGGAGUCGAGAUGGCUGCAGAGAUCAAAACAGAGUACCCAGCCAAAGAGGUCACCCUCAUUCAUUCAAAAAUUGCACUAGCUGACGUGGAGCUGCUACACAGCGUCCGUCAGGAGGUGAAAGAGAUCCUCCUCAGGAAAGGAGUGCGCCUCCUGUUAAGUGAGAGGGUCAGCAACCUUGAGAACUUCACUCCAAACCGGUUCCAGAAGGAUACAGUAGUAAGGACAGAAAAGGGCACAGAGGUUACUGCUGAUAUGGUGAUCCUGUGCACAGGGAUAAAGAUUAACUCUUCAGCAUAUGCCAGUGCGUUUGGAGAUAAACUGGCAAGUAAUGGUGCUUUGAAAGUUAACCAGCAUCUCCAACUGGAAGGCUAUGAGAACAUCUAUGCCAUUGGGGACUGUGCAGAUCUGAGGGAACCAAAAAUGGCCUACCAUGCUGGGCUCCAUGCCAACAUUGUGGUGACAAACAUCAUCAACAGCCUGACACACAAGUCUCUUAAAACCUACCAGCCAGGGUCACUAACAUUCUUGCUUUCAAUGGGCAAGAACGAUGGGGUUGGUCAGAUUAACGGUUACUAUGUAGGACGUCUCUUGGUGACUACUGCGAAGAGCCGGGACCUUUUUGUCUCCAAGAGCUGGAAGACGAUGGGGCAGACAAUGCCCUAGUAGGGAGUUCAAUAAACAAACCAGAGAAGGCUCUACAAACUGAAAGAUGGCAUUGCCUGGGCAGGCUGAUACUGUCUCCUACAAUGUCGCCUAAAGCCGCUCUUCAGCAUGGUGCGGUAAAAGGAAGCCUUGUGUUGCUGUAAAGGGGAUGAAGGCACUUUCCAAAUGAGCUGCCACAGAAGCUCUCAUGGUAAAAGCAGGGGAGGAAUGUUUUUCUUAACUUACCUGUGGAGGUAGCUCUGAGCAAGAAGUUUGGUUUACCUUGAUUUGUAACAAUAAACAUUGAUUUUCAAAA